UUACAUUCGAAACUUCAAUUAGAAUCAAUUUAACGCUCUUAUGACAAACAAGGCUGUAAAAAUGUUUCUCUUUCUUUUUUGUGUUUCUGUUUGUGUGCCGUUCGUGACCGCAACAGCGGCAGAAGAGGAAGAAGACGUGAUGGCGUUGAUUCCUGCGGGGGAAAUGGCGACCAAUGACGCAAAGUCAGUUGAAAUUGAGUCUUUUUUCUUGGACAAACAUCCUGUCACCAACUCCGCUUUCAGACAAUUCGUGAGGGAGCGCAAGUACCAAACGGAAGCUGAGAAGUUUGGAUGGAGUUUCGUCUUCCAGGAUUUUGUUUCUGAGGACCUGAAGAGCAAAGUGACGCAGAGGAUUGAGUCUGCUCCGUGGUGGCUUCCUGUGGAACGAGCCUUUUGGCGACAGCCGUCAGGUCCUGGUUCUGGCAUCCGGGAGCGUCUGGACUUCCCGGUGGUUCACGUGAGCUGGAACGACGCUCAGGCGUUCUGCAGCUGGAAAGGCAAGCGGCUCCCGAGCGAAGACGAGUGGGAGUGGGCGGUGCGUGGGCGGCGGCAAGGGCGGACUUUCCCGUGGGGGAACAAGUUCCAGAGCAACAGGAGCAACCUGUGGCAGGGGUCCUUCCCAGACGGGGACACGGCGGAGGACGGCUAUCACGGCGUGUCGCCCGUCACCGCCUUCCCGCCUCAGAACGACUUUGGUCUCUUGGACAUGAUGGGCAACACGUGGGAGUGGACGUCCAGCGUCUUCCCCGCAGCGCAGCACAUGUUCGUGCUACGCGGCGCCUCCUGGAUCGACACGGCGGACGGCUCGGCCAAUCACAAGGCGACGCUCGCCACCAGGAUGGGCAACACCCCUGACUCCGCCUCUGAUAACCUGGGCUUCAGGUGUGCCUCCGGUGGCGGGAAGAGGAAGACGCAGGAGGAACUGUAGUGAGAGGAGGAUUGGGAUGAAGAUGAAGAUGACGAACAGGAAACUUGCUGACUCAGAAAAAACUGAGUGGCAGGAAGCGAAACAUCGAAAAGUUUCCACUGCGGUCUCUCGAACUAACAAGUGACUCACACUUUAAAGGUCGGGGGUCCAAACUCUUUUCAGCGAGGGCCGAGUCAAUAUGUUGCAGAAUGCGGGGCCACUUUGAUACAUUGUGCACAUUAAAGACACGAGAAGCAACACAUCAACACAUCUUAGCUUUGUCUCAUCACUGACAAAGUACACUUGAUGUCAUUUUGCCCUAAAUGAAGACAUCCAGGCAUAAAAACUAUUAACCAUUCAACCAGACCAGAACAAUCACACACUUCAGUAUCCUGGUCACUGAUUGGCCGGGCGUCAGGCACCAUCGACAACUUUUUAAGCCAAAUGUGCAACCAAAUGCCUUUUGAGUGAUAUAACUCGGUACUUGACAUGUGCUAACUGCUAGCAUGCUAACAUUUUUGAAGCAAUUUUGCAGCCGAACACCUCAGUCGUAUGACUUGGUAGCUGACACAUGCUAACUGCUAGCAUGCUAAGUUUUUAAAAACAAUUUUGCAGCCGAACACCUCAGUCGUAUGACUUGGUAGCUGACACAUGCUAACUGCUAGCAUGCUAACUUUUUAAAAACAAUUUUGCAGCCGAACACCUCAGUCGUAUGACUUGGUAGCUGACACAUGCUUACUGCUAGCAUGCUAACUUUUUAAAAACAAUUUUGCAGCCAAACACCUCAGUUGUAUGACUUGGUAGCUGACACAUGCUAACUGCUAGCAUGCUAACUUUUUAAAAACUAUUUUGCAGCUAAACACCUCAGUCGUAUGACUUGGUAGUUGACACAUGCUAACUGCUAGCAUGCUAACUUUUUAAAAAUAAUUUUGCAGCUAAACACCUCAGUCGUAUGACUUGGUAGUUGACACAUGCUAACUGUUAGCAUGCUAACUUUUUAAAAACAAUUUUGCAGCUAAACACCUCAGUCGUAUGACUUGGUAGUUGACACAUGCUAACUGCUAGCAUGCUAACUUUUUAAAAAUAAUUUUGCAGCUAAACACCUCAGUCGUAUGACUUGGUAGUUGACACAUGCUAACUGUUAGCAUGCUAACUUUUUAAAAACAAUUUUGCAGCUAAACACCUCAGUCGUAUGACUUGGUAGCUGACACAUGCUAACUUUUAAAAAACAAUUUUGCAGCCAAACACCUCAGUCGUAUGACUUGGUAGCUGACACAUGCUAACUUUUAAAAAACAAUUUUGCAGCCAAACACCUCAGUCAUCUGACUUGGUAGCUGACACAUGCUAACUGCUAGCAUGCUAACUUUUUAAAAAACAUUUUUGCAGCCAAACACCUUAGUCAUAUGACUUGGUAGCUGACACAUGCUAACUGCUAGCAUGCUAUCUUUUUUGAAGCAAUUUUGCAGCCGAACACCUCAGUCAGAUGACUUGGUAGCUGACACAUGCUAACUGUUAGCAUGCUAACUUUUCUUAAGCCAAUUGUGCAGCCAAUCACCUGAAAGCUAUAUACGUAACUUGGUAUUUGACACGUUAACUCAGUUUCAACAUUUUUGUUUAGCCAAAGUGCAUUUUUUGCGUUGAAAAAAUGCGGAGGCACACCACCAGCAGAAAUCAUUAAAAAACAAAACUCAUUCGACAGUAAAAAGUCAAUUAUCGCAAUUGUUGGAUAUGACUUUAAAGCAUAACCAAGCAUGCAUCACUAUAGCUCUUGUCUCAAAGUAGGUGUACUGUCACCACCUGUCACAUCACACCCUGACUUUUUUGCGGUUUUCCUGUGUAGUGUUUUAAUUCUUGUCUUGCGCUCCUUUUGGUGGCUUUUUCUCCUUUUUUUGAUAUUUUCCUGUAGCAGUUUCAUGUCUUCCUUUGAGCGAUAUUUCCCGCAUCUACUUUGUUUUAGCAAUGAAGAAUAUUUCAGUCGUUUUUAUCCUUCUUUGUGGGGACAUUGUUGAUUGUCACGUCAUGUUCGGAUGCACAUUGUGGACGCCGUCUUUGCUCCGCAGUAAGUCUUUGCUGUCGUCCAGCAUUCUGUUUUUGUUUACUUUGUAGCCAGUUCAGUUUUAGUUUAGUUCUGCAUAGCCUUCCCUAAGCUUCAAUGCCUUUUCUUAGGGGCACUCACCUUUUGUUUAUUUCUUGUUUAAGCAUUAGACACCUUUUUACCUGCACACUGCCUCCCGCUGUUUCCGACAUUUACAAAGCAAUUAGCUACCGCCUGCCACCUACUGAUAUGUUAGAGUAUUACACGGUUACUCUGCCGAGCUCUAGACAGCACCGACACUCAACAACAACACAUCAUUUGCAGACUAUAAUUACUGGUUUGCAAAAAAAUAUUUUUAACCCAAAUAGGUGAAAUUAGAUAAUCUGUUAGCAUGCAUGGUAACUUAUUUUUUUUCCGCGAAUUGUACAGUCAGUCAUAUGACUUGGUACUUGACACAGUCUAACUGUUAGCAUGCUAACAUUACCAUUUUCAUUUUCCUGAAGGAAUCCAUAAAGUACUACUGUAUUUUUCGGAGUAUAAGUCGCUCCGGAGUAUAAGUCGCACCGGCCGAAAAUGCAUAAUAAAGAAGGGAAAAAACAUAUAUAAGUCGCAUUUUUGGGGAAAAUAUAUUUGAUAAAAGCCAACACCAAGAAUAGACAUUUGAAAGGCAAUUUAAAACAAAUAAAGAAUAGCGAACAACAGGCUGAAUAAGUGUACGUUAUAUGAGGCAUAAAUAACCAACUGGUAUGUUAACGUAACAUAUUAUGGUAAGAGUCAUUCAAAUAACUAUAACAUAUAGAACAUGCUAUACGUUUACCAAACAAUCUGUCACUCCUAAUCGCUAAAUCCCAUGAAAUCUUAUACGUCUAGUAGAGAUGCGCGGAUAGGCAAUUAUUUCAUCCGCAACCGCAUCAGAAAGUCGUCAACCAUCCGCAAUCCACCCGAUCUAACAUUUGAUCAGAACCGCAUCCGCCCGCACCCGCUGUUAUAUAUCUAAUAUAGACGAUGCAAGGCAUUAG